GAAAACAGGGGAAGAAAACGCGAGUCUUCGCGUUCGAUGAGCCUCGUUCGUCUACAAAACGUAAGCACUUCAAGAAAAAUAUCGUGGAUGGUUGUUGAUAAGGAAUCCUGUGAAGAACUAAAUUGUUUAUUCAAGACCAAAUAAUGACGAAUGCAUAUUCAUUUGAUGGCAUCAUUGUAUUAGCUUUGCUGUUAAUCUGCACUUGUGCUUAUAUAAGGCGAGUACCAAAACUGAAAAGUAUACUCUUGUCUGAGAAGAAAGGAGUGUUUGGUGUUUUGUAUAAAGCUGCUGUUGUUGGUGUAAGGCUUCACUGGGCUGUUUCCAUUAGUUGUGCCGUCAUGGGAAUAUACAUACUGAUACUGAAAUAAUUUUUGAAUUCUUCGAAAGUCUUGUUUAUCAAUUGUAAAUAGGAAAUAUUUUGGGUUAUUUGAACUGUAAAAAGUAAGCAGUGUUCUCUUCAGGAACUUCCUAUGCUUGAAUAAGUUGCCAACUUCAAACAUUGGUGUCUAUGGACAACUAUAUUAAUUUGUGUAUUUGUUGUGAGAUGUUUCUUUCGAUAUUUUAAGCUUGAAUCUUUUAUUCCUAAA